AUGCGAAUGGGUAUGAGAUUACGCGCCGCUUCCUCUACUCUUAUUUAUAAGAAGUCGCUUAAACUGAGCCGCGCAUCCCUGGCCAAAACCACAGUGGGCCACAUUGUGAACCUAAUGUCUAAUGAUGUCAGUCGAUUUGAUGAGUUUUCAACAAAUGUCUGCUAUUUACUCGUAGCGCCCAUACAGACAGGGAUCGCCGUAUAUAUCAUAUAUACGGAGAUCGGUUACUAUUGCUUCGUAGGUUUGGCCCUUUUAUUGCUGUUUAUACUGUUUCAGGCAUUUAUGGGCAAACUUUUCUCGAAAGUCAGGUUUGAA